CUUUGCUUCUUGCCGUCGUUGUUGCCUCCUCGCUCGCCUUGUGUCCAACCAUACGGCAGGCCCCGGGCUUCACAAGCCCUUCUUCGCCCGCCCUACCGCCACCUUCGGCGCCACGAUGUUCAUCCUCUCCACACUAAGUGAUACGAUCUUCAUCCCCUCCUCCUCCUUCACCCGAGUCGACCCUAGCAGCUCCGCCUCCUCCUCAGCGCAAAUUGCGCCUACCUCCCUCUCCUCGCUCAGCCAGGCCUUGAAUGCCAAGUAUGCCAAUCGGGUCAUACCUGAUGUCGGGCUCUGUAUCUGCCUUUUUGAUGUGCUGGAGGCAAGUGAGGGGAGGGUGAAAUGGGGAGAUGGAGGAUUGUGGCAUAAGUGCCGAUUUAGAUUGGCCGUUUUCCGGCCCUUUGUGGGUGAGGUGCUGGUGGGCAAGGUUAUGAGUUCUGAUGAGGGGGGCAUCAGAGUCUCCAUGGGCUUCUUCGACGACAUCCACAUCCCCUUGCACCUCCUCCCCUCACCACACGCCUUCGACCACAAGGAGCGCGCCCACUUCUGGCUCUUCGACCCCUCUCACCCCUCAUACAUCACCGACCCAAUCACCGCACCGGACACGGAGCGCUUCUACCUGGAUCAACACGAGGCCAUCCGCUUCGUAGUCGAAGACGACAUCUUCGAAGAGGGCGAGCCACCCCUCCCCGCCGGUGCACUGAAAGAGGGGGAAAAAGCUGGGGACAAGGCCGGUACGAGCGGUGGUGGGUCGGGGGCUAUCGGUGGCGGCGUCACAAUGGAGGCUAUGGAGGCUGCGAGGGCUAAGCGUAAGCCCCCCUACAGGAUUACGGCGAGCAUUGCGGGGCAGGGGUUGGGAUUGAUCAAUUGGUGGAUGGGGGCUGCUGCUGUUGGUGAUGAGGGUGGGGAGGAGGGCGAGCAGUACGAUGAGGGGGAUGAGGUGAUGCAGGAGUAG